AUGGCGCCACUGGCAUGGGGUGCUGUCCUGUUGCUGUCUAUGGUCCACAGCAUUCAGACCUUCUAUGUGCCUGGAGUCGCUCCCAUCAGCUACCAGAAGUACAGCUUGGUGGAAAUCAAAGCUGUGAAGCUGACAAGCUCUCAUACUCAGCUGCCCUACGAGUACUACUCACUGCCAUUCUGCCAGCCAGAAAAGGUGGUCUACAAGACAGAGAACCUGGGAGAAGUGCUCCGUGGAGACCGCAUCGUUAACACACCCUACAAGGUUCUGAUGAGUGAGGAAUAUAGCUGUAAGGUUCUGUGCAUGAAGCCCAACAAGCCACUGAGGCUCAGCGAGAAGGAAAGCAGACUUGUGGCUCAGCGAAUCCUGGAAGAGUAUUAUGUACACCUGAUUGCAGAUAACCUUCCUGUGGCUACCCGUUUGGAGUUCUUACCGGUUGGAGGGCCCGGAGACACAGAGGAGCCAAAGGAGAAGGAGGAUGUACAGUUUGAGCAUGGCUACAGGCUGGGCUUUGUGGACAACAAUAAGUUCUACCUGCACAACCACCUGUCUUUCAUCAUAUAUUACCACAAGGAAGAGGUGGAGGAGGAUGAGGAGUCAAGCUUCCGGGUAGUGCGCUUCGAAGUGGUGCCACGGAGCGUGAGAUUAGAAGAUUUGAAGCCUGAUGACUGGGAUGAUUGUAGCCUUCCUGGAGUCUCACUACCCCUGGAGAUUGACCCCAAGAAGGAGAAUGAUGUCAUUUUCUCCUACUCUGUUAGCUGGAAGGAGAGCCAAGUAAAGUGGGCCUCACGUUGGGACACCUACCUGACCAUGAGUGACGUGCAGAUCCACUGGCUUUCAAUUAUCAACUCCUUGGUGGUCGUCCUCUUACUCUCUGCUGUUCUAAGCAUGAUAAUGAUCAGGAUCCUUAGGAUGGACAUUGCAACGUACAACAAGUAUGACUUGGAGGAGACCAUGGAAGAGUCUGGCUGGAAGAACAUCCAUGGUGAUGUGUUCCGCCCCCCUCGAUACCCCAUGAUUCUUAGUUCACUGCUGGGCUCCGGUGUACAGCUCUUUUGUAUGAUCCUCAUUGUCAUAUUCAUGGCCAUGCUGGGAAUGCUUUCUCCUUCCAGUCGAGGAGCCCUAAUGACCACAGCCUGCUUCCUCUUCAUGUGUAUGGGUGUUUUCGGCGGAUAUUUUGCAGGAAGAUUGUACAGAUCUGUGAGAGGAAAGAAGUGGUUGAAAGGAGCGUUCUGUACAGCAACUCUCUUCCCUGCUGUGGUUUUUGGAAUUUGCUUCUUUCUCAACUUCUUUAUCUGGGGGAAGGACUCGUCAGGAGCGGUCCCCUUCUCCACCAUGGGGGCAUUGCUUUGCAUGUGGUUUGGCAUUUCCAUGCCCUUGGUAUGUAUCGGCUACUUCCUGGGUUUCCGCAAACAACCCUAUGAAAACCCCGUGUAUACCAAUCAGAUCCAUCGCCAGAUCCCCAAACAACAGUGGUACAUGAACAAUUUUGUGGGGAUCCUGAUUGCUGGAAUUCUUCCUUUCGGCGGAAUGUUCAUUGAACUCUUCUUUAUCUUCAGUGCCAUAUGGAAGAAUCAGUUCUACUACUUGUUUGGGUUCCUGUUCCUGGUAUUCAUCAUCCUGGUCAUGUCCUGUUCUCAGAUCAGUAUAGUUAUGGUCUAUUUCCAGCUAUGUGCUGAGGACUACCACUGGUGGUGGAGAGCCUUCAUUGUAUCGGGGGGCUCUGCCUUCUACAUGCUCCUGUAUGCCAUUUUCUACUUUUUCAACAAGCUCGACAUCGUGGACGUCCUCCCCUCGUUGCUCUACUUUGGCUACACAGCCCUCAUGGUCCUCUCCUUCUGGCUCCUGAUGGGCACGGUCGGCUUUUAUGCGGCAUACGCGUUCAUACACAAGAUUUAUGCCGCUGUCAAGAUUGACUGAACAAUCAUCUGUUGUUCAACCUUUCCAUUGGGAUUCUAAUGUGCUUUUUGUUGUUGUUCUUUAAAGUAAGUAAACAACCGAUGAAAGAUUGGUAAGAAGAGAGACCCCUAGUGGCCUCUAAGGGAAUAAAUGACUAGAAAAAGAAUACAAAGGACAGCCACUGUAACCCAGACAAUUGCAUCAAGCCUUUUCAUUUGAUUUGAGUCAUUUUUCAGAGCAGGAGUCAGAGGGGUUG